UAAUAAACCGGAAUCUUAGCAUCGGUUAUAAAAUUCCGACUCGGGAGAGGCUCCGUUUACGAGCUAGUUCUCAAAGGAAAUUCGCGUUAAAGGAGAAGGUAGAAGCAAUCUGGUUAGCUCGCCGUUCUCUUUGGAGCUAUCUUCUGAGUCGAAAACGAGUCUGUGACAAACGCGUGGUCUAUUGAAGCGGAGAAGAUGAGCAUUGUACCUAAGGAAACGAUUGAGGUUAUAGCACAAAGCAUUGGGAUUACCAACUUGUCACCUGAGGCUGCACUUAUGCUUGCUCCUGAUGUUGAGUAUCGUGUUCGAGAGAUCAUGCAGGAAGCGAUCAAAUGCAUGCGUCACUCGAAGAGAACGACUUUAACAGCUUCUGAUGUUGAUGGUGCUCUCAACUUAAGGAACCUUGAGCCCAUAUAUGGCUUUGCCUCAGGAGGACCAAUUCGUUUUAGAAAAGCUAUUGGGCAUCGGGAUUUGUUCUACACUGAUGACAGAGAGGUGGAUUUCAAAGAUGUGAUUGAAGCUCCACUACCAAAAGCUCCUCUUGAUACUGAUAUUGUCUGCCACUGGCUUGCGAUUGAAGGAGUGCAGCCAGCUAUACCAGAAAACGCUCCUUUGGAAGUCAUUAGGGCACCUGCAGAAAAUCAAAUCUAUCAACAAAAGGACGGACCUCUUAUUGACAUUAGGCUACCAGUGAAGCAUGUAUUAUCUAAGGAGCUUCAGCUAUACUUCCAAAAGAUUGCUGAACUUACAAUGAGCAAGUCAAAUCCUUCUCUGUUCAAAGAGGCAUUAGUGAGCUUGGCCUCAGACUCGGGACUUCAUCCCCUAGUUCCAUAUUUUACAAAUUUCAUUGCUGAUGAGGUAUCACGUGGUUUAAAUGACUUCCUACUCCUGUCCAAUUUAAUGCACGUUGUCAGAAGUCUUUUGCAGAAUCCUCAUAUACACAUAGAACCUUAUCUCCACCAGUUGAUGCCCUCUGUUGUAACAUGUCUUGUAUCGAGAAAGCUUGGAAACAGAUUUGCCGACAACCAUUGGGAACUUAGAGAUUUUACUGCGAAUCUGGUUGCACUGAUAUGUAAAAGGUUUGGAAACACUUACAUUACUCUCCAGUCUCGUCUUACGAAAACUUUAGUCAAUGCACUUUUGGACCCAAAGAAGGCUUUGACUCAGCACUACGGUGCAAUUCAAGGAUUAGCGGCCUUGGGGCACAAUGUCGUACGCCUUCUUGUUCUGCCAAAUCUUGAACCGUAUCUGAGUCUUCUCGAACCAGAAUUGGAUGCUGAGAAGCAAAAGAACCAGAUGAAGAGCUACGAAACUUGGCGUGUGUAUGGAGCUUUACUGCGUGCUGCAGGCCUGUGUAUACAUGACCGGCUUAAAAUCUUCCCAUAUUUACCAUCUCCUUCACCAAGCUUUCUCAAUAAGGGAAAGGGGAAAAUAAUCAAUACUGAGCCAAAUAAGCGAAAGCUGAGUGUAGAUUCUUCAUCCACUAUGCAAGUAGAUAAACCAAUGGGAGAUGACAAUCCUCCACAAAACUCUGUUCAACCAUCCUCAUCAGGACAAGCUUCUGAUGGUGCACCUGAAAGCAGAAACGCAAAGGAGAAAGAAGGCAGCAAGGGCCGGGCUAUCACCAUGAAAGCAAUCCUUGAUCAGGUCUGGAAAAAUGACCUCGAUUCUGGAAGGCUCUUGGUGAAACUGCACCAACUCUAUGGUGAUAGGAUCCUUCCUUUCAUCCCUUCUACAGAGAUGUCAUUAUUCCUCUAAACCGUUAAGAGCGAUAAUGUCAUCCAUAAACUCCCUGAGCAUCUCGGGCUUAGGAGAAGAAGCCUACCUGUUGUGCUUUGACGGCUUCUUACAAUGUAUAAACUGAACAAGUCUGAUUAACACUAUUUGUUUGGUUUCAUAGCAAUUCCAUGUUUGUUCAAAAGUUGAGACUUUGACGAUUGAGUUAAUGUAACGGUAAAAUGUUUGAAACAUAACUGUCAUUUAACAAGACACAUAGUUGUUGCAG